CCAAAUUGAACCUUUGUUGCAUAAAUUUUAUUUUCGUCUCCCUCCUAUUAAUCCUUCGUCCAUAUCAGUGCAUGAAAGCCAACUGUAAAAACGGCUGGUAAAGAAUCAGCCGACCAACCACAAACCAAAAACCUUUACUCUGCAUUACUCAUUAAUCACCGCAACAAACCAAAUUGAACCCACCAUUUAAUUCAAUUUUAAAUGUACUCUUCUUCAUUUAAGACUUUCAACAAACACCUUAAGUGCAUCCACACCUCUCUCCAUUAUUACCACAUAUCCACCUCUUUCCAAUGGCACCCUGAUCACAAGUACCCUGCUUUCUUAUUCUCCACGCCCUUUAGAGAUCCACCCACCUCUUCAUCUUCUCGUUUGUACUCUUCACAUACAUUUAUGGAGGUGGUGAAAUCAGUUUAUAAGCAAGGGAAUGGUGCUGCUGAUAGCAUUGCUAUCACCGCUGAUCAAAAGAAUUGCAGUUAUUCACAGCUUAUUUCAUCUGCUUGGAGUAUAUCUGAUCUUUUGUGUAAUGCUGGAUUAAAGUCUGUUGAUGGUGUUGGAGGAAAUGGGCAACUUGGUGGAGCUCGAAUAGGGAUCAUAGCUAAACCUUCAGCUGAGUUUGUUGCUGGUGUAUUGGCAACUUGGUUUAGUGGAGGUGUUGCAGUUCCGCUCGCUCUUAGCUACCCUGAGACUGAACUCUUGCAUGUGAUGAAUGAUUCAGAAAUAUCUAUGGUGCUGAGCACCGAAGAUUAUUCUGAGUUGUUGCAAAAUAUUGCUGCUAAAUGUGCCGCUCAAUUUUCCCUCAUUCCACCUGUUCCCAGUACUUCUCCACAGACAAGUGCACUCCAUCAUUCACAAAUUGAAUCGGUCGAUGCAGAUAGAGCUGAAGAUCCAGCUCUGAUAGUCUAUACAAGUGGAACAACAGGUAAACCUAAAGGUGUUGUUCAUACCCACAGAAGCAUCUCUGCACAGGUUCAAACCUUGGCACGAGCUUGGGAAUACACAUCCACAGAUAAAUUUCUCCAUUGCCUUCCUCUGCAUCAUGUUCAUGGACUUUUCAAUGCUCUAUUUGCUCCCAUCUAUGCAGGCUCCACAGUUGAGUUUAUGCCAAAGUUUAGUGUGAGUGGUAUCUGGCAAAGAUGGCGUGAAUCAUAUCCAUUAAAUGGCAAUAAAGCGGAUGAUGCCAUAACAGUGUUUACAGGAGUUCCAACCAUGUACACCCGAUUGAUUCAAGGUUAUGAAGCAAUGGACCCAGAGCUUCAAGCAGCUUCUGCUUAUGCUGCGAGACAACUGCGGCUAAUGAUGUGUGGCUCCUCAGCACUUCCUCUUCCUGUCAUGGAACAAUGGGAAGCCAUCACUGGACACCGUCUCCUGGAAAGAUAUGGCAUGACUGAGUUUGUCAUGGCAAUAUCAAAUCCCUUAAGAGGUGCACGGAAAGCAGGGACUGUAGGCAACCCAUUCCCUGGAGUGCAGGUGAAGAUUGUGGAAGAUGAGAGUGAAAAUGAUAAAACUAGGGUGGGUGAACUGUGCGUUAAAAGUCCUUCGCUGUUCAAGGAGUAUUGGAAACUUCCUAAGGUAACCAAUGAAUCCUUUACCGAUGAUGGCUUCUUUAGAACAGGGGAUGCUGGCAAAGUAGAUGAAGAUGGAUACUUCAUCAUUUUGGGGCGUACAAGUGCGGAUAUUAUGAAAGUUGGGGGAUAUAAAUUAUCAGCAUUAGAGAUUGAAUCGACACUUUUGGAGCACCCGGCGAUUGCAGAAUGCUGUGUUUUAGGUUUACCAGAUAAAGAUUAUGGAGAUGCGGUGAGUGCAAUUGUUGUGCUAGAUGAAGCGGCAAAGAGAAAAAGAGAGGAAGAGUCAAAGGGCAUCCUAAGCUUGGAAGAACUCUGCGACUGGGCUAAAAACAAACUUGCACCAUAUAAGCUUCCUACUCGAUUGUUCUUAUGGGAUUCAGUGCCACGUAAUGCCAUGGGAAAGGUGAACAAGAAAGAGCUAAAAAAAGUGUUGGCUCCUGAAUUGUAAAUUUAUUUAGUCAAAAGCAACAGCUUCAAGAGCAUAAGCUAGUGAGGAUUUCGGCUACUGGACUCUCGCCAUCUAGAGUGCUGCACUCCACCGCUUUAUGGAGAUUUCUACAGUAAUUCUUGGAUGUUGGGAUGCAAUGUAGAAUCAGAAUUAUGUAUAGAGAGAGUAUGAGAGAGCUGGUUUAGGUUGAUAUGAGGAAAUAUUUGUUUAUUUCAUUAUGGUCAGUAUAUUUCAAUAAUUGUGUAAUUUUGUAGUAUUAUGUAAAAAAUAGUAUCUUGUCUUGUCAGAAUCCAAUUCUAUAUAAAACAAUACAAGUAUUCUUAUGUUUUA